GCGGUUUCUUUCAGAAUCUAAUGCACCUAUUAUGAAUAUUCACUUUAAUUUGCAUCAUAUUCAUCUCUAACAUUUCCUAAUUUAUUGAUCUUUUUCUGUUUCCAGGUUUCCAUUCUGAAUCUCUAUACAGAUCCCAUCUCUUUGGUUCUCCAAAAAUGUUUGGUUUUAUGAAAUCACCCUUGACUAAGGUUACUAAGCAAAACUCGGUUGACCCUGGAUUUUCUGCAUCAUCUGGUACUAGCCCUUUUGAUUCAGAUACUGAAUCUGAUUUGAAAAACAUUAAACCUGCAAGAAGAACUAGUUCUGAACCUACACUCAUUACACCCAAUUUCAAGUCCGACCUUUUAGAUGAAAACGAGGGAAGAGGAGUCUCUUCUUCUUCCUCAUCUUCAUAUUCUGUUACUCCCGCACAAAGAAACAAGUACAAGAAUGACUUCCGUGAUUCAGGAGGAUUGGAGAACCAGUCAGUGCAAGAACUGGAAAGCUAUGCCGUGUACAAGGCCGAGGAUACGACGAACACUGUCAACAGCUGCCUGAAGAUUGCUGAGAAUAUCAGAGAGGAUGCUACUAACACUCUGAUUACCUUGCAUAAGCAGGGUGAGCAAAUCACAAGGACCCAAAUGGCUGCUGCUGAUAUUGAUCAAGAUCUCACUCGGGGGGAAAAACUUCUCGGAAGUCUUGGUGGCAUGUUCUCUAAGACUUGGAAGCCAAAAAAGACCCGUACAAUUUCGGGGCCAGUGAUCUCAAGAGAUGACUCAUUCAAAAGAAAGACCAGUCAUCUGGAGCAGAGGGAGAAGUUGGGGUUGGCACCUGUACCCAAGGGACGGUCAAACGCCCAGCAGAAUGUUUCUGAACCCACAAAUGCAAUCCAGAAAGUUGAGAUGGAGAAGGCGAAGCAAGAUGAUGCCCUUUCAGAUUUGAGCAAUAUUUUGGGUGACCUCAAGGGUAUGGCCGUUGACAUGGGGUCUGAGAUUGAAAGGCAAAAUAAAGCUCUGGAUAAUCUUAAUGAAGAUGUGGAUGAGUUGAAUCACCGGAUGAAAGGUGCCAAUCAGCGUGGGCGUCGUUUGAUUGCGAAGUAAAAGAAUCUCCAGAUGAAAGGUGCCAAUCAGCGCAGGCGUCAUUCGCUUUGGAAGUAAAGCAAACGAAUUUCCAGAUGAAGUUGUCUGGCUUGCUUUGGACCUGUUCAUUGUACCUUAUUUCGGUUCGCAGAACCCCUCUCCCAGUCUUCUCUGUAACUUCAUGUUUACCAGCUGUUUUUGAUGAAUUUGAGUUCAAUUAUU